AUGAGACCAAAAGGAGUUAUCUGCCUAGUGCUUGAGCUGUUGAUGUUGGCCUCUAGUGCAUCAGCAGGAGGCGAAUGGUUGAACAACGGGGUGGAAACAGAAGAAACUUUUGUGGAGUAUCCACCUGAGAUUCAGACCUUGGCGGCGAAAGAAAUCCAAUUGUACACGGGCACCUUCAAUGGAACCACAAACACAGGAGCAAGCUUUCCAGUGGUGAGAGCUUUUACGCGAUUCCCCGAAACGGUGCACAACAAGAUGAUGAAAGUCUACGACUAUAUGGAAUUGUUCCACAGGAAGCAUUGUCUUCGCGAGAAAAACAUUUCACUCUGUUCGUUGGAGACGAUGCAGGAUGUGGGAGCCCAUCAUUCCUCGUUGAAAGAGUGCUUACAGGAAGACAAAGUGGACGAAGACGUGGCCUCAAAAGUGCUAGAUAGGCACCUACAACACCUCAAAGGAAAGAAACUGGAAGAUUUUCCUCUGGUGGAGGUCAAUGGCCAAGCAUUUUCAGUCGACGAGCAAUGGCCUUUCAAUUCCCACUCCUUACUGGCACACUUUUGUGAUGCUUUUGAUGAUCCACCGUUAGCCUGUCAACAUUGUCUUGCUUGUGAAGAUUCACGAACCUGCCUAUGGAAAUUGGCCUGUGACGGAACGCCCCUCUUCCAGGAUGGAACUUCGGCUCUUGCCAGCACCCCGACCUUGGAACCGAACAAAACUGCAAUGAUCACGGUGAAACCGACUGGUGCUUCGACAGCUGCCGUUUUGAAGGACAACCAAACCGUGUCUGCCGCUGACAUGAACCGUGGCACCGGCCUUGAUGGACUGGGCAUUUUUACAAUAUCGAUUGUUUUGCUCGCCGUGACCUGUCCAGUCCUGCUGUUGACCUACAGGCAUCUACGAACCAAGCAACUCAUGGACGAAAUCUUGGCGUCCCUCUCGUCGGAAGAUAAUAAACUUGAGGACGUGUUCAUGGACAAGACAAGUGAUUGCGAGUACGAAGCAAAGUCGACCAAUCAUUUAGGAGAGUCCUGUCGUCGCAAGAAACCGGAUAUGUGUGCCGUGGCAAUCGGACAGGCUAUUGAUUGCAUCGAAGGCUACAUUGGUCCGACCAGUCCUACGAUGCGUGACACUUUCGAGGACGAGGAUGAACUAGUUGAAAUUGUGGAGGAGGAGCUCAUGAGUGUGGAGGAGGACGAUAUCCUAGUCGAAGAUCUUUUGGACGACGAAAGCGCAUCUGCUCUAGACUAUGGGCAGGGUAGUUUGCAUCGUGCGGAGUCCAAUCUAGGAGGAUAUGAUAAUGAAAAACCAAGCACAGAUGGACCCCAGGCUGAAUCAGUUCAAGCAGCAGGAGGGUCGCAUCAGACGAAGUCGAAUGGUGUGAUGCACCCGUACCGACGUGAAUCCAAGCGUUCAAUGGAGUUGCAACAACGAGUCACAGCUCAGCAGGAAGGUUUUCCUGCUCAGUUCCGCAAGGACCGAGAAGACGUCAUCUGGACAGAACUGAUGUGCUGA